AAAAAUAGAGAAAGUACGUAUCUUCCCGCCAUCUGUACAAUGCGAAACUUGUGGUUAAUAAGUAAUCAAGACACCUUUUUGUUAUCCUCUAAUCUCUCUCUCACUCUCUCUCAUGGCCUCCUCUUCUCUACCACUCUCUCUCCCAUUCCCUCUCCGAUCCCGUAGCAGCACUCGAGCUCUAACCUUCAGACGCUCCCGUCUCUUUCUCUCCCUUCCCACCUCCAUCGUUUGCCUCUCCACUCAAAACCCCUCCGGCGAAGAGUCUCGGUGGCUCCGGGAAGAGCAGAGGUGGCUUCGCGAGGAGCAAAGAUGGCUUCGUGAGGAGCAACGCUGGAUACGCGAGCGUGAAACCCUCCUCCAGGAGAUUGCGGAUCUCCAGCUCCGAAUUCAAACCCUAGAAUCUCGAAACCCGGAUACGAUCUCGAACUUAGCUGCUCUGCUUCAGGUUCUCAAGGACAAGAAUCGAAUUUCAGAGAGUGGGUCGAGCGCAAAGCCGAUGGUACUGGAGAAUACGAGAGAAGUCGAGGAAGAAGAAGAAGAAGAAGAAGAAGAGGAAGUGGUGGUUGUGGAGAAGCAGGUGGUUGCUGAAGAGAAGGCUAAGGUUUCGGAGCCGGUGAAGAAGAAGAGGGUGACUUUGAAGGGGGGAAGCGAAGGUGAAGAGGUUCAAGCAAUGCAGGAAGCUUUGCUAAAAUUAGGAUUCUAUUCGGGUGAGGAGGACAUGGAGUUUUCCAGCUUCUCAAGUGGGACAGCAAGAGCUGUUAAGACUUGGCAAUCAUCUUUAGGCGUCCGUGAAGACGGGGUAAUGACAGAAGAGCUCCUUCAGAUGUUGUUCAUGGAUCAAGUAAUCAAUGAAGACGUAAAGACAGAGAAGGUUGAAACAAGUACAAUGAAGCAAGAGACCAAGGAAGCUGGUAAUGGAGCAGUAAAGACGCAGCAGUCAAUCAUGAAAGACCAAGGGAACAGAGGAAAUGAGGUUUCUCAACAUCGGGUUUUCCUUCUCGGAGAAAACCGGUGGGAAGAUCCCUCAAGGCUCAACAAACCAAGUAAAUCUACAGAUACCAGAAGGAAGUGCAUCACUUGUCGAGGGGAGGGUCGAUUGAUGUGCCUAGAGUGCGAUGGAACCGGUGAACCAAACAUUGAGCCGCAGUUUAUGGAAUUGGUUGAUGAAGAUGCCAAGUGUGUGUACUGUGAAGGUCUUGGCUAUACAGUUUGCGAUGUCUGUGAAGGCAAAACAGCCGUUUAAUCAAAGGUUCAUGUUUUUAAUAUACAUACACAUUUACUUAUCUGUAAUAAUCAUAUAUAUGUUUCUUUUAUGAACACCAAAAAUGUACAAACAACUCUUCUGUAUAUCAGCUGCUAAUCUUUGCAUUAGUCUUGUUAUAAAAGAGAGGUUUUGUCCA